AUGGCACACGUGAAGUGCUGGAGGUCGAAGUACGCAGCUCCCGUGUCUGUACAGACCACAGUCGCAGGUGGCAAGGAGGAAAGCGCCUUUCUUGCAUAUCUCACGACUAUUCUUGAUUACAAUGGCAGCUGUUGGCCGUCGCCUGGCUAUGAGUACCUUCACCUGGCUGUCAUGACUUCGAGCCAGCUUUUCCGGCUGGCGUGCUGUUCAGGCGAAGUCCUCUGUGCAGAAAUGGACCACAAACGCAACCAGCAGUGCUCCCACAAAGACGCGGCUUCGGAAAGCUCAGACGUAUACCGAGUGCGCGGAGGAGUGCCUGAGCAAGCGAAGAUGGAUGCACUCAAUCCAGUCGUGAACGUCGUGUGGCAGUGA